AUGUGGCUCUACCUUCUACUACACAUUGUGCCCCUUUUUGCGGUAGCGUACUUCUAUGUCGCCCGGAAGUACAGCUACUGGUCUCGGCGAGGUGUGGUCGGACCGAAGCCAUCACUGCUCGCCUUUGGCAACACCAUGCAAACCGCCGGCCAUCCCUUUCCGCCGGAAAACGAAGUCGCCUUGGUCCGCCAGUUUGGACCCAUCUACGGAACUUACAGCGGCCUGCAGCCAACGCUCACCGUGGCCGACCCUGAAGCGGUCAAGCAGGUGACGACCAAAGAUUUUCAGUACUUUGUCAAUCGACGGGCGCUGAAGACCUCCCACGAGAUGAACGACCUCAGUCAGUUCAUGUGCGAGGGGGAAAAUUGGAAACGACUGCGGGCGAUCACCUCGCCGGCUUUCAGCAGCGGAAAACUGCGCUCGAUGCAGCCGAUCGUUCAGCGGAGCGUCGACAAGCUGGUCGCCUACUUUGAUCGCCUGACGGCCCAUAAGGAAAUGACGGCUCAACCUGCAACAAAUAAGUGCCCUUUCUCGGAAAAAACCGGGAGAGCUAUUGUGGAGACGAAGAAGGUCCUCUCCGGUUUCACCAUCGACAGCAUUUCCUUGGCCGCCUUUGCCACUGAAACCAACGCCAAUGACGACCGCAGCAGUGAGAAUCAGGUGGUGAAGUACGCGCUUCAGUGGGGCGAAGUGCCUGCCCUGCAGAUGAUCUGUGCCGUGGCCAUGCCCAAGUGGUUCAACAAGUUGGUGGGCGUACACCACAUGGCCAACGUUCAGUCCACCGAGUUCAUGACCGGUCUGGUGAAGGAGAUGAUCAGGAAGCGAAAGGUACAAGAGCACUCUUCCCAAGCAGCAAAAAAGCGACCCGACCUGAUGCAGUUGUUGUUGGAUGCCGAGGUGAGCAAGGAAAUGAUCGACAGCGUCGGCCACAGUGGUGAACGCAGUUAUGACCAUCUGACGGCGGACAUGUCAAAGGAGAACUUUACCUUUGAGGGGGCAUUUUCUAACAAAAACUGCAACAAUGGUGGUUCAGGAACAAAGAACCGUCUGACGGACAAUGAGGUCGCCGCACAGUGCAUGCUCUUCUUUGGUGCCGGCUUUGACACGACGGCCAGCGCUCUCACGCAUUUAAUCUUUGAGCUGUCACACGAUCAGGCGGCCCAAGAGCGACUGUUCACCGAGCUGAGCCAAAAGCUGAAUCAGCUGGACCCGUCCUCCGAGCAGUACUACAAUACAGUCAUGUCAAGCACUAGUUUGCCCUUUAUGAGCGCCUGCGUCAGUGAAACGCUGCGCAAGUACCCGCCACUGAAUCGUUUGGAGCGUCGUUGUAGUAAGGCAGGCUACAAAGUGGGCGGCAUUGAGCUGGAGGCGGAUCAACUGGUGGAGAUUCCCACCUACGCACUGCACUACAAUCCAGAGUACUACCCUGAGCCGGACCGCUUCUUGCCGGAGCGCUUUUUGCCGGAAAACGCCCACAAGCUGGUCCCCUACACGCGUCGGCAUGCGCUUUGCCUACCAGGAGAUUAA